AUGGGAAGCACAAGUGCCUUAAUCUACACACCGAAUUUCUACAAUAACACCCACUACUGCUUCAAAUGCUUAAGCCCAAUUCCAGUUCAAGUUCCCCUAUUUUCUUUGCACGUCAAUUGCAGGAAAUCCAAGUUUUUGAGCUUGUCAAACAGAAGAAGUUUCAAGAAAUUUAGCACCAUUGUUUUCUCGGCCACGGAGAAGCAGCAAGAAUUGAGUAGCGGCGGUUUAAAUGGUGCUGGCCCAGCUAUUGAAGAUAGGCAUGAUUCUAGUGGUGCAGGAGAAAAUAUAUUUCAAAAUGAUCGGCCAGAUAAUGGAGGAAAUGCUAUUUAUGAUUUCCUGUAUCCUAGCCAAGAGCUCCUUCCAGACGAUAAAGAAAUGACUAUAUUUGAUCAUUUAGAGGAGUUGCGGCAAAGAAUCUUUGUCUCAGUUUUGGCUGUCGGAGCUGCUAUCAUGGGAUGUUUUGCAUUUUCCAAGGAUCUCGUUAUGUUUCUCGAAUCUCCAGUUAGAGAACAAGGUGUUCGGUUUUUACAACUAGCUCCUGGCGAGUUUUUCUUUACAACUCUAAAGGUAUCAGGAUAUUGUGGCCUUCUAUUAGGAAGUCCUGUGAUUUUUUAUGAAAUCAUAGCCUUUGUUGUUCCUGGUUUAACGAAGGCAGAGAGAAGAUUCCUGGGGCCUAUUGUCUUUGGGUCGUCGAUACUUUUUUAUGCUGGCAUCAUAUUUUCUUACUAUGUUCUGACUCCUGCAGCCUUGACAUUCUUUGUCAGUUAUGCUGAAGGGGUAGUUGAGUCAUUGUGGUCUAUUGAUCAGUACUUUGAGUUUGUCCUUGUGCUCAUGUUUAGCACUGGAUUAUCUUUCCAGGUUCCGGUUGUACAGCUUCUUUUGGGACAACUUGGUUUAGUGUCAGGAGACCAAAUGUUGUCGAUUUGGAGAUACGUGGUAGUAGGGGCUGUAGUUGCAGCCGCUAUACUCACACCAUCAACAGAUCCUCUUACACAAGUACUCUUAGCGGGCCCCCUUCUCGGUCUUUACUUGGGUGGUGCAUGGUUGGUAAAGCUGACUGGCCGAUGA